UCUGCCCGUCUUGGUAGCUAUAAUCCCAACCCCUCUUUCUCCCUCUCUCUCUAUUUCCUGUCCCUCUAUCGCAUUUGGUUGGCACUAAAUAAAGGUGCAUUUUUGCAAAAGUAAACUGGUUUUGUCCCCUGCUGUGUCUUUUGUGCUUUGAGAUCCCUAAAAGAACCUAUCAGGACUCCGCAUGUGGUGUGGACCCCGACACGAGGAAGGGGACACACUGUUCCAGGACAGGGCUUCGGCAAUCCCAAAACACAACACCAUUCCUAGAAGGGACGACAGCCUCUUUUCGCUCUCUGGCUGCCUCAUCCACGCAAGCAGGGGAAACACAACCAUGCCCUCCCUCUGCGCCUGAACACACGCGACCACAGACACCCAGCAAGAAACGCACGAGCAGCAAAGCUCUUCCUGUUCUCUUACUCCUUCUUCACUGAGCCUAGUUUUUCCUGUCUUGCUGCUCUGCCACAUCAGAUUCCAAGACGUCACCUAGGGCACCUCCAUGCAACAACACUUUCUGCCCUCCAAGGAACAUACACACAGCCAUACAGAAAGCCCCUUCCACGGGACCAGUGCCCGAGGCAUCCACGGCAUGACGGAGAUACCCAGGCCUGGUUCGCUUGACAUCACUCACAUCCUUCUAAACCACAAAAGGAAAACGGUGGCUAAGAUGAAAAUAAAGGCAAGCCACAAAGUGAAAGGAAAAGUGACCACAGCCACCACCACGGCUUUGCAGGUGGAAACCAAUCUUAGGCACAAAGGAAACCCCAGCUGCACAUGAGAGGUCCUGUAGCUGGCCAUGCAGCUGAAAGGGAACAGCCAACACCCCUCCCCAGCACACCUGACCCUGACGCCUCUGACCCAGCGCAUUCGCAAACCUUUCACCAUCUAUUGCAACUCACUCUCGGCACACCACUGCCACCACAAUCCCCAACCACGGAAACCCCAAGAAAACGCUGCCCCAGGACCACCACAGCCACCAGCCCAGACUGGAAAGCACAAGCGGAAACUCCCAGGAAUCAGAAAGCAAUGAAGGGAAAGCUGCCGCCGUACAAAGCCGCACGCCCGGCAGCACCCCAAGCACAGCCACCACCGGCACCAGCAGAGCCUUAAGGCCUCACCGGCUCCUGCCCAGCACCGCCCGACAGCACCCAGAGCCCCACCAUGGCUGCGCCCACGGCCCCACAGCCACGCCUGCCGCACGCAGCCCCGGCGCUCCUGCUCCUCCUCACCGCUCUCGCCACCACCCUCGCCUGCCAACACCUCUGGACACACGACCACACCUUCCCCGGCGACGCCCUGCGCCUCCUCCAGGACAUGGCUCCCAACCACACACAGCCCUGCCACCUCCAAGAGCCGCCCUUCUUCCCCGACACCCUCCUGCACAACAACCUCCAGCCGCCACAAGCCGCCGCCACCGCCCUACGCAUCCUCCAGCACCUCUUCCACACCCUCAGCGCCAACAGCACCCGCCAGCACUGGCCUGCCCAGCCUCGCAGCCACCUCCUCAACAAACUCCAGCACCACAUCCACCACCUCGAGCAAUGCCUCCCCGACAGCGCCGCGCUCUUCAAAGGACCACGCAACCCGCUGCUCACCAUCAACAAGUACUUCAGGGACAUCCAGCUCUUCCUCCACGCCCACAACCACAGCGCCUGUGCCUGGGACCACGUCCGCCUCGAAGCUCGCGCCUCUUUACAGCACCUCCACAGCCUCACACGCACCAUGCGCCGCUAGCACCAGCACCCACGCCACAACCCGCCCCCACCACGCUCCCGCACCUACAUCCCAAACACACGUCACACCCCCAACGUGGGACAACGGACACGCCUCUAACCACCGCAGGGCACCCGCAGCCGACAGCCACUGCGUCUCCAUUGACACAGCCUCUACCUGGGAUUCGCACAAAGGACUUUCUCAGAUUAUUUAUAUGACGAUUUAUUUAUUUAUUCAUUUAUUUAUUGACCUAUUUAUUUUUCUACUCAUACGUUUACUUAUGCCACAGAAAAUAAAGACAAAUGACAAAAAGGCAAUCGCCACUGCCUCUCGUCUCACUAGCACUGCAGCCACUCUUUGGGACAGGCCAAAGCCGUCUCCACUCAACACCCACGCCAAGCCCUGCUCCAAACAGCCCCUGCCCACUCUUCCCAACGGCACAUUCCCAGGCA